CUCACUAUUGUAUGUGCACUCACUCGUCCUGCACGUGUACUUAUCCUAGACGAAUGUACAAGUGCUCUGGAUCCAGAGAGUCAGGCUGCAGUCAUAGAGACAAUUUGUUCUGUGAAAGUCAGGAGAACAAUGCUUACAGUGACACAUAAAUGA